AUAAAAAUUCUGAUUGGUCGAGAGCAUACAGUCAAUAGAAAGAAGCCAUGAGAGGUUGGUUGUCUCAACUUCAUCAAAUAGUCGUUUUAUUUCUGUGUGUUGUAUUCGUGCCACGUUGUACCAUAAGGCUGUAUCGUUGAGUGGGGGUAUAAAGAACGUCACCAGCGCUCUUAUCUCUGUUAGGUAGGUAUAUUUGCAUAAGUUUGACUGGUUCUUAGUCGUAAACGUCGUCCUUUACCUUAACUGUUUCCGUACGGAAGACUGAGAAUGAAUCGAGCUGGCUCAAAGGAAGCUUUUCAUUCAUUGUUUAACAAUCUAGAGGCAGUUAAAAUAUUUUUUUUCGAGUUCUGCGCAAGCUUGAAUCGCAACAGCGUUCUUAUAACCUGAUGUUCGCUCGCAUUAUUUACUAAGGGUUUAUAGUCAUAGAUGCAAUGUUGCUUACAGCUGUGGGCUUUAUCUCAAACCUUAACUGUUUCACACAAAGCUGUAUGGAGACUGAAAAGAAAUUGAGCUCGUUUGAGAAAGCUCUUAACUCGAUGUACAAAAACUUAGAAGAUAUUGAUAUCGUUUUCUGAGGACCGUGUCAGCUCGAGUCUCACUCUUAGGAUCUGGCCCCGGUUGUUCAAAGAAUGGAAAACUACUUAUCCGCUGGAUAAAUCGCUAUCCAGUGGAUAAAUGUUAACCAUGGCGUCAUAUCGGUUGUCCAAUGUAUGGAUAGCGCUAUCCACUCGCUAUCCAUCAGAUAAACUUAUCCAUGGUUAGGUAGGUAGUAUAAAUUUCUAUCCAUCGGAUAGUAAAAACAUUAAAUGGCCGCUGCUCGAGGUUGACGGUCAUUUCGUUCCAUGGUCAGGGCGUAAACCAGAACAGGUUUCCCUCGCGAAUGAUAAUGUUGAAUCUACAAUCACUUCGCAUCGAGCGCUAACAAACACGUAGGCUACGUAGUACUUUAUUGAAUAUCCUCUGUUCUAUGUUGUCGUCAAAAAUCGACAGACAUAAGCUCUCGAUAUUGCGUGUAUUCAUUCUAACAUUGUUGCGCAACGCACGCUGAAAUUAACAUACGACGCUCUCACUGUUAUAUAAAUAGUACUGAAAAUACUUUCGUUCAUGUUCUGAAAAUAUAUAUCAUUUAUUUCGAACGAAGUGAAUUUUUUUGUGCAACGAACCGACUAUUUAGUGGAACGAUCUGACUUAUAACCAUCUGACCCUGGAACGGAAUGACUGGAUACCUCGCUCGACAGCUACAUCCUCUUCGGUAUAACUGCCCGAAAAUCAACGUCGUAUAAAGCGAAGAAUUUUCGCUGCCAGCUAGAUCCCUCAGAGUCUUAUACUGACUCUGAAUUGAGAUCCAGGUUUCGUUUUGGACGAGAAGCAAUACAAUACAUCGUUAACCUUGCUGCGUACGAAAUAACAUCACAAACACAUAGGAACAACGCCGUCUCAGCCAUAAUGCAAGUCCUUGUCCUCGCCUCGGGUUCGUUUCUGCAAGAGAUCGAAGAUACUUUUCUAAGAUUUGAUGAGUCGACUGUCAGCUGAGUAGUUUUUGUCGUGUGACGCAAGCAUGAAGUUAGGCGAUUACUUAAGAUUUCCGUCCACCUGUGCGGAACGAGACGACAUUAAAGGUUUGUUUCGAGUCAGUAGUUUCCCUUCUGCCAUUGGGUUCAUCGAUGAUACUACGUUAGAAUAACUGCACCUCACGAAAUUGAGCCAGACUUAGGGAACCGAAAAGGAUUUCACUCCAUCAAAAUGUCAAGGCAAUCUGCGACCAUCGAGGUAAGCAAAUAUGUCUAGCUCUGAUUGUUGAUUUUGCAAAGGGCAACAUGUUCGAUUAACCCUAAGCUUUACUGUGCAUACUAUCUCAUGUAAAUAACAGGAGUUAUUUUAUCCUAAAUGUGGGCAUGAAAGCCGUAAAAAUUCCGUAUCAAAUGUGGAACGCUUUUCUGACACGGUAGGAGCAAUGUGCGUCAGAUUGUCUUGAGCACAACAUGUGAUCAAACAUGUGAUCACGAGAUUCACGCAGAUACAAUUUACCUCGUAAACAAGUGAGUGAAAUUGAUUUAAAAUGAUUGACUUUUCGAACUGUGCGAUCACCCGUUUGAUUCUAUAGCUAUCAGGUGUAAUCGAUUUUGUUUUUGCAAAUGGGCAUUGGGUCUUCCGAUGGCGAGAGGACAACAAUGAAAAUAUUCUUCGGUGAUCACUUAAUGUGUUCUCCAACAUGGAUAUUUUUUUAAUGGACUGCGUUAGUUCAAGUGCUGGAACAAAGCAUUACAGAGCAUUCUCCCGUUAAGUAGCAUUGUUUAAUAACGUGCAAUAUUUGUCGUUGCUUAAAGAUAUAGGCCAAGGAAUGUCUUGAAGUUUACCAUAUCAAGAAAGGGAUAAAUUGCUUAGGCUUAGGGUAAUUAAUUGUUGUCAGUUACGAACUGCAGUUCAUUGUUAGCAGCAAUCCCAUUCCGAAUACUUUAUUUUGACAAAAUGAAUGAAGUAAUCCCGCGAUUACUGCUUCAAAUUUGGGGCCUAUGUGUAUGCACACAUUAUGACAAUUUUGUGGGAAGGAAGGCACAUGCAGAAAUACCAUAUACCUAAGCUGUAUCAAAAUUUUGUUUACAUAACAUAAAACAUAAAAGUUAAAAACCAGUCGUAGUGUAUUGAAUACAAUUGAAUUUUGCAGGAAUGUUUACAGAUGUCGUGGUUUGAUGACCUGGUUCAACUCAUGAUAGCCAUAUUUUCUGGACAUCAGCCACAGGGGGUAACCUUGAAGAGACUGGUCUCACAGAUGUUGUGCUACUUGAGAAUAGUGGCUAUGCAUGCUCACCAUUCCUCAUGACCCUGUACCUCAACCCCAAAUUAGACCUUAAGAGGAGCAUUUCAACAGAGCACACAAGAUCACAAGAUGUAUCAUAGAGCAAACUUUUGGAUUGUUGAAGAGGAGAUUCCAUGUGCUACACUCAGAAUUGAGGAUGGCUCCUAACAGGGUAUGCACCAUAACUGUAACUUGCUGCAUCUUACACAACCUCGCUGUCAACUUAAGGGUUCCAGAACCAGGGAACUGUGACAUGGAUGAUGAAAGGUGUGCUGCUGACCUUCACACCCAGUACCCUGGCUGUGAAACUGGUAAUGCUGUUAGAGAGUACACUGUUUACGACUUUUUUACAUUUCUACACAGGUGGCUGAUACUAAAACGUACACUUGAUUGCAAUAAUGUUGACACAAUGUAAAUAGCAUGAUUCGUGAACAAUGAGAACCAAUGGCUUUAUGGGAAAUGUCCACAUAUAUGUAUAUGUAUCUAUAGAUACAUGAUCGAUGCUUUACUUUUUCAUGAUUCACUUAUAUAGGAAGCCUGUGGAAAAACUUGGACAACCUUCAAACCCAUAUUUUAAAUGAAUUAAAUUUUCAUUUCAGUCUUUUGGCGGUGAUGGAAACAAGAAUUAAGGACAGAAUGUGGCCAACCUUACCAAAUUACAAUUUUGAAUAUGUUCCCAUGCCUCUUUCUGCUGGAGGUGUAGGAAUGUAUGAAGACAACAAUACAUGAUACAAAGUCAUUGUAAAAAACCUCUAAUAAGCCUUUUAAGACACUUUGGCUUGAAAUUAUAUUCACUAAGAAAAGCAGUAUUAUUUGUGGAGUUGUCUACAGACUACAUAAUUCUGCAGACCACCUCUUAGAAUAUUUUGAAGAAACUGUAGAUCAAUAUAGUGCCACUGAUAAAUCAAUCUACCUCUUAGGUGACAUCAACAUCAAUAUUCUUCACUCAAAGACUUGUAAUUACACUCAGCAAUUUUAAAUUGCUUACAAAGCUAUGCUAUUUUACCAACAAUUGAUAAACCGACAAGGGUCUAUAAUAACUCUGCCUCACUUAUUGAUAAUAUUUUCUUAAACAAAUUUGAAUAUUAUACUGCCAGUGGGAAUAUUGUUUCAGAUCUCACCAAUCAUUUUUCUCAAUUUUGCAUUCUUAAAUCGACCAUUGAAACCACCAAACCUUAAAAAAAUGGCAGCCCAUGACUAUUCAAAAUUCUCUUAGCAAAAUGUUUUUGCAGGAAUUGUCAGAACUCACAUGGUAGUCAUUACCAUCUGCUGAGGACCCCUCCAAGUUAUUUUCCACCUUUUAUAAUAAGCUAAAUAAGCUGAUAAACAGGCAUGCACCAUUCUGAACUUUAUAAAAGCAUGAAAGUAAACAGCUGAAACAACCUUGGAUCACUAAGGGAAUUCAAAAAGCAAUAAAAAUUUAAAAAUGAGCUUUUUCUCCAGCAAUUGGAGACUAUUGCAUAGACAACUGCAAUAGACAAAUUUUGAUAGAUUGAAAGAAUUAACUCAUAUGUUGUCCAUACUUUAAUUGACAAAUUUAGAAAAUUAUAAUCUUUUUAGUUUCUUUUGUUGUUGUUGAUUUUUGGUGUAAUUUUAUUCCAGUUUUAGUAUAUAACACCUAAUUGGCUUAUCUAUAACUUUCCUUAACUGUUCUUCAUUGCUCGUGUAUAUGCAGGCUCACCCAGUCAUUUCCUCUGUUCAGUCAAACUUGUUAUUGAAGAAUUUAUUUUAUGUUUGUUUCCCUCCUGCCUCAAUUAGCUUUGCUAUUUUGCAAGUAGGGAUUGUUAGAUAUGUAUUUUAUUUAAUUGCUAAAAUGAAUAAAUGUUGUUGUUGAUUCCUGGAAAUCUAAGAUGAUGACAAAUCUUUUUUUUUUAGAGAAAGUAUGAAUGGCUUCUAUAUUCUACGCACAACUAAUUGUGGUUAUCAUUUACAUUUGUAACUAUAAUGCCAUUGGCUUAUUUGCGCCUUUUAGGGGUCAGUGUUUUUGUAAUUGAGUGUAUACACUUGAAAGAAAUAGUGACACUCACUAUAGGCUUUUUGCAAUAGUCCAAUGUAUAUCCUACCUUUCAUAAUGGCAUUGGGGUAAUAUGGCAUUAGGCAUUAAGGCAAUUAUAAGGCAUUAGGCAUGCUUGCUAGCAUGCCUGAAAUCUUUUAUAUUUCACCCAAAGAUAAAGAAAAAAUUGCACUGAUUUUUGUAGCACUUGGAAAAGGAAAAUUUUAGUGGAAGGCAAACAAUUUGCACUUCACAACAAAAGCAUUGAAUGUCUACCUCUCGACGCUUAGAGGUAAUUGUUAGAAAGUUUGCAUUCUGGAAGUUGGAGUUUGAUAUGGUCAUUUCUUGAAUUCACACAACUCAAGUGGUAGAUUUACCAGUUAUUUCUUAACACAGUAAACUGCAAGAUGCCUAUUGUCACACUUGUAUGACAAAUAUAUGAAAAAAGGGAAAAACCAAGAAUAGUGAAGAUGAUACAUUUGAUGAUGUCAACAAGUCAUUUUUAUUCACUGUACAUAGUUUGUUGAACACAAAGUGAGGAAAUGACUUCAAAUUAAAGUUUGGUUUUAACAUCAAUUCACAUCUUAUAACUGAAGAUUUUUUUUUAGUUGUAUUGACUACACCAAAAGUGCCAUUGUAAGUAAAGAUUUCUGCAUUCAGCACUGGGGUAUUACAUGGAAUGAUCAAUGACCUUUAAACUUAAUUGCAUAUAAUUGUACAAAUAUUUUAUAAUAAUGCCCUCUGUUUUUCUAAAUAUGAAUAUAUAUUUAAAUGUGGAAAAGUUUGAGGUAAAAAGUUCACUUCCACAAGUAAAAAUAGCUCAGAAAAAAGGUAUAGAAGGUUUAGGUUUUAAAGCUCUGUCAAUGUGCAGAAAGUCGUGUUUGCUGAUUUUGCCUUUUUCAAAAAUUGGUGGGGCAUUUGAACACAAUUUUUUUCCUGGGGGUGGAAAUUUCAACAAACCAAUCUUUAAAAACUCAAAUACCUAGGGAGCUGCCAGGAAAAAAAUGAGGGGGGGGAUGUUGAAGAUUCCAAUUGAUUGAUGUAUUAGUAAUAAAAGGUAACCAAAUAAAAACCAUUAUGUGAUUAAGCUUGUAUACAUUUAUGGGUAAAUGGUGUAUCAGUGAUUUGAAAAUAUGGGGCGGCUGACCGCAACAAUCCAAAUAUUAACAGUUUCACAAGACAUAAUCAAAACCAUUGCAAUUUGAUUAAGAUUUAUUCUUCUUAUUUAUUAUUAUUAGCCUCACUUCAGAGGUGAAUAGUUGUUGUUGACAUUACCAAAGAUGAAUAACACAACUUUUGGGUGAAAACUGUCCAAUAACUUAUGGCAAUGUUUACAGCAGAUGCUGUCCCAGAUCAUAACUUUGCAGUUUAAAAAGAAGCCCAGUGUAUGAAAGUUACAAACAACUAAAGAUUUGAUUAAAAUGGUUUUAUAACUAAAUAUAUGAAUAAAUAACAAGCUGCACUAAAAUACAUAGUGAUCUAGAAGGAGUGAGAUGGUCACCUAAUGAGUAGCUCCCAGAUUGAGGAUCCAAAGGAUACCAGAGUUUUCUCCAAAAUGUGGUGAGUUUUCAAUAUACUUAUUUAGUAUAAUUGUUCUGGUGAUAAGGAUUUCAUGGUUUCCCCUUAUAAUCAUCACGAGGAACAACAGAAUUGCAUAAUUGAAUAAAAUCUCGCAUUCUGAUUGGUCAACAAAGUGAAGUAUUUAGCAUGGAAUUGAGAGUUGAAAACGAAGUUAAGUGAUAUUGCUUCGCAUCUAAAUAAACAUAACAAUUAUCGUCAAAUUGUAACAGAGUUUUCUACAAUGUCAUUGUAAAGUGUUUUCAAAACCAUUGUCACCUUUUGAACAAAAGCGUUUUUCAAAGUGAGCUAGAGGUUCUUCCCUGUUUUGAAAUGAAUUAUAAAUUCUUGGAGACACAUAAAAAACCUCUUUUGCUCGUGACAACGAGAAAGCAAGAAAAUCCUGUGAACCCGGCUCCAGAAAAUGGCAAGCAAAAACUCAACUGAACAAGACGAAAAAGCGACAACAGAAGAAGUGCAAGGGUCGAUUAUCAUAUAUGUAGAGGAAGAAAUAAAUACUUUUAAUUGCAAUGUUAAACUUUCAGUGCUUUUGCUUGGACACUUCAUUUCUCUCAGUUUGCCACCAAAGAGGUAAAAGGUAUAUAUUAUUUUCGUUCUUAAGCAAAUUAUUUGGAAAUUGAAGAUGUUAAAGAUAAACGGCUUGUUAAUUCAGUGACAUAGCACUAUUAUCCAUUAGAUAGUUUGAAGCUUGUUUAAAAAGUUUGUAAACAAAUGUAAAAACAAGCAUAAGGUGUCUGACCUGGCUUCCUAUUUGCUAAUGCAAUGACAGUUCUGACAGUUGACUUUGAAAUGGCUUUCUGGGGCGCGCGCUCAGGAUAAAAACAAAACAAUUUCCAGGAUUUGUCCCAAGUCAUUUUAAAAUUUUAGAAUCCCCGAGUUUUGUAGCAAAUGAUAAUUAUAGCCUUUCUAGAAAACUGAUUUUAGUUCAAGUACACGCUUGACCUAGCUCAUACGUCAAAUGAUUGACAAGUUUACACGUAUGUGUUUAUUCAGUCAAUUUUGCCAAAUUUAAACCGGGGCAAAUUUUGUCGACGGUGCAUCCGAUGAUUUGUCCGCUUCAGCCAAAAUAUUUCAAAUACGGAAAAAUCAUUUGCACUUCUGAAAUGUUGGCGACGACAGAAAAUUUGUCUAAAUAAGCAAUUUUGAUGCUAGUGUGAAAGGCCCUAACUCCACUUACCGUCAAAACAGCGCCGUACUCGAUUGUUAUCAAUCAAUAACGACCAUCUGAUGAAAUUGACAUGACGAUUAUCAUCACGAAACGUUAAGCGUGAAUAAAAAGUACGAUUGAAGCAAAACCGCUCUUAUGAAAGAAGUAUUUCCUGAAUAUAUAUAUAUAUAUGUCUUGAUUAUAGUCUAUCCUUGCGGUAUAGUGCUCGAUGCGUUCGCAGAGCGUGGUAUAUCUGAAUGUUAGACAAAUCAAUAAGACAUAACUUUUCUGUGACUAAGAGUCUCACGCUUACGCGAUCAUCAGACAGAUUUUAAUUAAAACCUGUCUGAUGAUUGCGUAAGCGUGAAACUCAGAGUCACAGAAAAGUUGUCUUAUUGAUUUGUCCAACUUUCAGACAUAUAUAUAUAUAUAAAGCUCAUGUAAGUUAACUAUAUUUUCAUAGAAUUAAAAAAACAACAACAAUAUUGAAUAGGAGCAAAAUAACUGAAGUAAAUUAGGUAUCAAUCACACUUAGGUAAAUUGCAAUGGUUUGGAUUAAUUAAUGGAAUUUGAUCCGGACUCGAGCUUCAUAAUCCUUAAUGUUAUUUCUUUCUCCUUUAGUUUUGGAUUUUCAAUUUCCAGGUCAAGUGUUAAAUUUUCUUUUUUAAGGAAAGCAGGGUGCAUUCCAUUUAUGUCAUCGAUGAUGACCUUCUUCCUUGAAUGUGGGUUGGCAAGUAUUGCCGGCAUCUGCAAUAGUAAAGAUGGAAUGGUAUCAGAAUAGACACUGGAGUCGCAAUCUAGCUUUGAAACUUCACAGGGGUUCGAGGGUUCACAGGGUGAAGUGACAGGCUGUAGUUUACAUCCUAGUCCAAGAACUUCUGUAUCCACUGUUGAUGAGCUUAAAACUUAUGCUGCAUAUAAUUUGUACAAAAUGUAUGAAUUCUUUAAUUCUUUAGUUCUUGUGAGCAGUUCUACCAUAAAGGGGUGUAUGUAUUUCCUUGAAAAUUACUUAAGAUAAUUGGAUGUAACACUCCUAUUCAUGUAGACAAUACAUUUGUUGACGUAAGUGGACUUACCAGAAUCGACAUCCCCCCGAAAUGCCGCUGAAAGACGGGUCUGUUUCGAGAAGCUCGAAAAUUUUGGCUGUGGAAGCCUUUGGGAAUCUGGUCUUCUUUCUUGUAGUGGUACAUUUGCUCAUGUGUUCUUUCUUUGCUCCACUCACCAUUCCUCUCCACUUUUCUUUCACUUCUAUGACAGAUCUUUUGGAAACUCCGAGCGCAUUGACAUUGUCAGUUAUUACCUCCCAUACUCGACUCUUGUGUUUUUUAGAAAGCGUCGCGGAAAUUUUGCACUUAAUUACUUUGAUUUUUUUUUCCACUUCUUCGAAAAUAACUGUCCAUUCGGCAAGUGUAAACUUUCGUUUUUUAGUGCGCUUUGCCGGGGAAGAAGCAACAUUCUCUGCCGUGUUUUCUCGCCACUAGGGUUAUCACCAUGGCAACUGCCUGUGCGGCGAGUUAGCUGUCGGAUAACUAUACGCCUCGCUAUCUGUGCCUUUUGCAACAGCUUUUUAAACCGCUGGAUAGCCAUCUUAUAGACCGGAUGAGCUUAUCCAAUGGAUAAAUUUAUCCAUCCUUUUAACAACCGGAUGUUUGAUGUUUGCUCUGAUGUUAUUUUGUAGAGGUAGAACGGUUACAUUAAGAUCGGCACCAAGUGAAAGGACUAGUACCCGCGACUCGAAGCGAGAACUAGGUCCCUUCAAAUGAACUACCAUCUAAAUUUUUCAUCAGAUGGUCUGAUCGUAGGGUCCAGAAUGUAAUCCUUGCGACUUGUCCCGCGAAUUCGAACUGGUUUGAAUUCGUGAGAGAAGUCGCAAGAACUUGUCUCCCCAAAUUAUCCAGGUCCCUGCGUGUGAACUGUUCGUGGGACAAUUCCUUGCGACUAAAUGAAACAAUCCAAUCAAUUCAAAAGAGAAAUAUAAUCGUUUGUCUCCCGAUGUGGUCACUUCGGAUGCGGAUUGCGACGAUUGGACUGCAUACUGCCAGCUUCACCAGCCGAGGAAGACUGGCAGUAUAUGUGCAGUCGAAAUGUCGCGAUACACAUCCGAAGUGACCACAUCGUGAGAGAAACGAUUUUAUCAUGUAAACUACGGUGUUAAACAAGGAUUUUCAGCCCGGAGAAAAGCCGUAACAACUCGUAAAAAAAUACGAUACCGGUUAACCGCUAAAUACAGGUUCCACUUAUUAACGGUAUUAUAGAAAAAGGUACAAAACGCCACUUUAUGCCUUAAGUGACUACUUACUUUACAGAAUCUCGCUUAAAAAUGCUACUUUGUUUUUGGAGGAGAAAUAUGAAUUAAAAAUUACUUGAAAGAUGAUUCUUAGUUUUAUUUUGGAGGUUCAGUUUUCAGUGACCGUUCAACGCAAACAGGCCCUACGAUCCCUUAUUGAGAUGAUCGCUUAAUAGGGGUAAGAAUUACAAUGAUAAAGGGGAAAUUUUUUGAGACUUUGCUGACCGACCGCUGAAUACGGGGUUACCACUUAAUACGGUGUCGUUUAAUACAGAUUCGACGGUUUUUCAAAUUUGGUUAAAAAUACUUUGUGAUCUAAGACAGUUACUUUUCAGAAAUUUCUCAGUAGUAUAAUGUUUGUAAUGGGUGGAUCGCGAUAUAAAACCAGUCGGAAUUUUAAGACGCCAAUACCACAUUACAUUGGCGGCUAGCUGGUUGGGAGAAAAUAUAUUGUUAUUGUCAUUGAGCUUCGUCGCCAUGCGACUCUUCCCAAUACUACAAUAUAUUUCCCCUCGAUUAGCCACCAAUACAAUUCAAUAAUGGCGUCUCAAAAUCGCGAUUUUUAUUCGAUUGCAUCCUUCUCUACCAUACGAAUAAAUAUUUUUAUUAUCCGCAGGUUUAAACGUUUAUGACGGGGUGACUCUAAACAGAACCAAAAUGAUCUUCAUAACGAGAGGUAAAGUUAGCAUUUUUUCGAUUUUUAUCCUUGGUUUGACCACCUUUCUCAUGUACGCCUCAUACCAAGUGAAGUUCGGACAAGAUAUUAGCCAACCAACUCACAGCAACAGCACAAUAGGUAAGUCAAGGAUUUGGAAAUGAUUUACAGCAUUAGAUGCUCAUCCGAUGAAUUAUGCCGUCAAAAUCUAAAUUAAGACGCAGGCAAAUAUUAAGGAAAUUAAAAGUAACAUAACUUAGUUCGAACAAGGAGAAAUAACAACGCUUCCGAAAGUUUAACAGGCCUACUUACGUCGUGUUGUCCCGUUCACAGUUCACCAGAAAUUAGCCCUUCGCGAUGUAAUGCGAUCGCCGAUUCAAAAUAACAAACUGAAGAUCGUUUUAAAUUCGUUUUCAAAAUUAACUAGCGUACAAUGAUCACCCUGGGCGACGAUGGGUGAUUACCGUAGAGAACACGCCCCUGAUCAGUUAGCCUUGGCUGUUCCGGUGUAUCGGAUUUUAGAUCGCUCUAGCGCUCUGUCAGUUUCGAGCUAGUCACUACCCACAUUACCCUUACUGGUUUACUUUGUUGAUCUCUAGCGGCGUUCUCGAAGGGUCAGUGCCCCCUUUCAGUUUGAGUAGCAUAACCAAUUCAACAGCAUAAGCAAAUUAAAGCGCAACUAGCGGUAUGAGUCUCCAACAUAUGCAUGACAACAAAGAUGAAAUUGAAUACCAAAUGUUUCCAACUCAUGUUCAGUUUACCACCUAUGUGAACACCUAAGAGUGUGCAGGUGAUAGAAGGCUCUAUUGGUGUUACAUCAAGCAAGGAAGUUGACAUUGUCUUCCUCUGUUUGUUUGUGUUGAGAAUUGGAUCUUCUGAAUAUUUAGGAUUCCCUUUUCUUGGCGUUUAGAAAAGGCCCUUGUCAUUAUAUCUGGGUCGAGAAUACCUGCGUUCAAGAAUUUAAUUAUUUUGGAUGUCAGAAUUACGUCAAUUAGAGUGUCGUUAUUUGUCGUAGCUCUAGUUGGCGUACUUACAAGCCUUUUUAUAUUGUAAUCGUCGCAUAGGUUUAGCAGAUGUCUCCCCAACUUUGCCGCUCCUUGUAGGGUUCGAGAAUGUUACAAUUCACAUCUUCAAUUAGUGUGUAAUCGUCCGAAAGCCUACUGAUCAAUUCAAUUGGUUGUUCCCGUUCGGAUGACCAGAUUUCUUUAGCCAUUUUGGACGGUCUGUAAAGACGAACCCAAAAUAGAUCUCAGUCUAUGAGUCCCUUUGAGUUCUGACCUCAAUGUUAAUUGAUUCUAAACCAACGAACUGUUUCAGUAUUUUUAACGCGCUUAGUUUAAAGGUUGGACCUUGCACAAAUUAUGAAGCCACCUUUGAAAUUUGUUUUAUCGUGUCGAUUUGGCUUGGAACCUUUAGCAUAAAACUGAAUAUCUGGAUAGCUGUCAUCGAAUUUGGUCUCAGAGAACUAAAAUAUCUAACAAAUUGUCUAUCAGCAUGUUCCAACCUCGAAUAGCUUUAUUCCAUCGGUGCUAUUUGUUUCCUUGUUAUAGGAAGAAGCGAGAUAAACAAGCUCGAAAGUGCCGCCAAGGGAAAAAAUUCAUCUCUAAAACUUCGCUCAUCGUAACUGGUCUUAUUUCAUGCUUCUCGAAAUUGGUUCUUUUCUUUGUUUUUUUCUUUUUUUUACUUGUUUCUUCUUUUCCAAGCAAGGUAAUCACUCUUGAAGUUAUUUCACUGGAGAGAUCCCCAAUCGCUGCAACAACGUAAAAAGCGUAAUAAUUAACCAUUUGCAAAGUUCUACACUGAAUCAAUUUCCCUCUCUAGUAUUGAAUAAAUAACUCUGGUUAGGUCAGAAUUGAUUUCGAGCGCUUCAAAAUAAACUUCAACAUUUUGUUUAUCGCAGAUGAGAUCGUCUCUCGAAAGGUUGUUCUAACUCAAGCUACAGCCACGGAAAAACCCACAAAUAAUUCAUCGCGAAAGCCUUUCAUUUACCUCACUCAAACAGAACAAUGCCUUCCCUCAAACUUUGCCUCUUCUUCCGAGAUCGGCGACCCCGAGACAUGUAACUGUGAUGUCAUGGUGCUAAGCUUUCGUACCAAAUGUCAAGUGCAAAAGUCGCCUCACAUCACUUAUCUGUUCUAUCCCAAUACUGGAUGGGGAACGGGACGAAAUGUGCUGUAUUUUGCUGCCAUAACGAGAUCUCCAAAAUACCAUUAUUACAUUUUUAUGGAUGAGGAUGUGGUGCUGCAUUUCCAUUCAAUUGCUCCUCCACAAAUGAAGAGGCUUCCGCCGUUUAGAGUCUUCGAACAAUGGCUCCUAGAUUACGAGCCAGCAGUUGGCAUUGUGAAUUACUCAGCGCAUCAUAAGGGCAUCUGGGCCAUUGAGCUACGAAAGAAAAUGUGUAACAAGAGGGACAGUCCCCUUGUGAUACCUAUACUAUGGUUCGAUGCUCUUUUCAAUGCAUUUCAUUAUAAAUCUAUUGAGCAUCUCUUCCCUUACCGUACGCAGUAUGAAAGCAAAUCCUGGUGGUCAUCGCAAUACUACAUGUUUUCUGCUGUGGAACUGGUAUUUCGAGGUCAGGCAUUGAUGUUUGUGCCCGUUAUUGCGGGAAAUCCAAAACAUCGCCCAUACCCAAGGUCUAUAGAGAACGAAAACACAAGGUGGAGAGAUUACAUCGAUACGAUUCGACAGGAAGCUCCUUUAAUUUACAGAAAUCAGACUUUAUUCGAAGAUUUUAGGCAGAAUCUUGAGGGUUACGUCGACAACUCGACAACAUAUUGCAUGAAUGUAACACGGCGUCAACAAAUUAAACCAUACAGUCAUUUUGAUUUUUAGACAGAGAGGUAUUUGAUGAGGUUAGUGAAGAGGUAAACUAUAGUUCAGCGAUUUUCUUAUUUUUUCUUAUUCUAGGCCCAAUUCGUGGAUGAAAUGCUGUAUCCAUUCAAAUUAUAGGCUGCUUUGUUUAUAAAGUUGUUGAACUGUGAGUCUCAUCAAAGUGAUGUCCGUGAGGAAGAGUACGACUGAACUGCUCUCACAUUGGGAAUUAAACCAUUUUUCACGUGUCGGUUGCACUCAGUUUAUUUGCCGGGGAAGUAUUUCCUGAUCCAUAUUUUUUAUUCAAUAUAUGUGUGUUAUGCUUUCUUUAGUUAAUCGGCCUCAUUAAACUGUUCAGACCUCUAAAUUCAAAUUUUUAUUCUGACCGGAAUCAUUGCUCUUUGUUUGAACCCAAAGAUUUAGAUCGCUUUCUCGAUCCGUAUUUUGAAUAAGUUUGAGAGCCUUAACGAACAGAAGUAGAGGUCUAUAUCUUCAUCAAUGUAAAUUGUGCAUCAAAUUAUCGCAACCAACCGUGUUUUGAGAUGCCAAAGGGUGAACAAGCUUUUACGAAAUUAGACUUUAAACGGUGCCAUUCUAAAAACAUCAUAGUAACCUGGUCUUAAAUUCAUAACCAUUAUGCGAGCUUCACAAAAGGCUGCUGCUUUAUUCUUCAAAAAAAAAACGAUUAGAUGAGUCGAGAAUGCCUUUUUGUGGUGCCACCAACUAUGUAAGCAGACCGCCAAGCGAUGAAAAAAACAGCAGUGAGACUUUUCAGAAGUCACAGUUAAGCAGUCAGACUGUUAAGCAUAAUUCAAAAUGGUGUCGGUCGUUGUUCAUUUUUAGCACAUAUGACGAUAAAUACAGAAAGUUAGUAUGUCCUAGGAGGGAGGAGGUGACUUUAUUAUUCUCCGGUAUAAGCGGGAGUCAGAAGUCACUGCUAAUGUGACGUCACAUAGCGACAAAACAAGCGCCUCGCAUAGCUUGCUCAGUUUAGCGAGGGAACGCUAUCAGUAAGAAACAAAGAGAAGGCCAAUAGAGGCCAUUUUUAAGUUACUACUAACUAAUUUACCAUGUGUGUGCGAGGUAUGUUGUAUAUAUUGCCUUUGAGUAUAAUCGUUUAUUUUUUUGUGAAAGUGAUUGUCUGUAAUUUCACUGAUGACAAUUCUGGGAAAGUGAGCUGUCCGCCAUAUCGACUUUGGAACGCGUCAAGACAAACCGAAACUAACGAUGUCUUCUUUGUAAGCCAUUGGUUGAAAGAGCGUGCUUCAUCAGAGUACAAAGCAUAAGCUGAGCUAAAGCUUUUACGCCAUCUGCCAAAUUGUAUUAUGUCCGACCUUUUCCAGGACUUCUCUCUGGCUUUUUUUUUCGUUGAUUGAUAGUGAAAUUUCGUAACAAGCGAGCCGAAAAGUAGCAACAAAAGAACCAAACAAACAUGCCAAUAGUCGUAAUUUACCUUAUUUUAUCACAUAAACUACAGUGUUAUACAAGGAUUUCCAGCCCUGAGAAAAGCCGUGACAAAACACAUGAAAAAAUAUCGUAGUUUUUCACGUGUGUUUGAUAUCGCCAAUCAGCUGCUUACACGUCACUCGCCUUUAGCGCCACUCGGUCGGGUUGAUCAAUGAACGACAAAGCCUUCACAAUUCUCAAUACAAAGUAGUUUGUCGGAAUUUUUUGCGGAUUAUGGCUGCCAAAACACUGAAUACUCCAUAUCGCUUACAGACAGUGAUAUUCAAGCUUUCCUAGAAAGGGAAGAACACCAAAUACGGAAAAAAAGCGAAAGUUACCUAUUCGGUGGCUUUAGUAGUGGCAUUCUUGAGGCUGAGAACGAAAACGACAAAUGAAAGAUUUGCCACAAACUGAUUUUGGCCGUGUAUCUGAAAAAUUUCCUUUGUCGGUAAGGACAAAAUCAAUAACUGAGAAUUUCGUAUAUUGUAAUUUUUGACUAUGGUUUUUUAUUAUAGUGUUCCAACGCAUUUUUUCACGUUGAGCCUUAGCGCCAACGCACUGUUGCGAUUUUUAUCCGGGGAUUGUCGAU